AUGAGCGGGUCCUGCCUGGGGCUCCGCAAGGCCUGCUUCCUACUGUCCGUCAGCGCUGCUGCCCUCCUCCUCCUCUUGUUGCCGCGGGGGCAGUCCCCCGCCGCGCCCCGCCGUCGCCCGCCGCCCGCCGCCGGGCCUAGUGGCCCACCGCUGCAGCGGGCGGGCACCGGAGGGAGCGGUGUGCACGGCACACGGGCGGGCUCUCGUGGGGAGCCGAGCGGCGGGCCGGGGGCCGGGGUGGGCGGCCGGGGCGGAGGCGCCGCUGGCAGCCCGCAGCCUGCGCUGAAGGGCCGCCUGGGACCGGCCGGGGGCUCGGCUAGGGAGAGUCUGGAGCUGAAGGACAUCUUCAUUGCGGUGAAGACCACAAGGAAGUACCACAAGAGCCGGCUGGACUUGCUUCUUCAAACCUGGAUCUCCCAAGCGAGGGGACAGACCUUUAUAUUCACAGACUGGGAGGAUCGGGAGCUGCGCCUGAAAGCAGGGGAUCAUAUGAUCAACACCAACUGUUCUGCUGUCCAUACCCGGCAAGCUCUCUGCUGCAAGAUGUCUGUGGAAUAUGAUAAAUUCCUGGAAUCUGGGCAAAAAUGGUUUUGCCAUGUGGAUGACGACAACUACGUGAACCCUCGGACUCUCCUGCGUCUCUUAUCUGCCUUCUCACACAGCCAGGAUGUCUAUGUGGGGCGACCAAGCCUGGACCAUCCCAUUGAAGCAGCUGACCACGUCCAAAGUGAUGGAUCAAAGACAACCGUGAAGUUCUGGUUUGCCACAGGGGGAGCAGGGUUCUGUAUCAGCAGAGGUCUCGCCCUGAAGAUGAGUCCCUGGGCCAGCCUGGGGAAUUUCAUCAGUACCGCAGAAAGAGUGCGUCUCCCUGACGACUGCACCAUUGGCUACAUCAUCGAAGGGCUGCUGGAGGUAAAGCUCCUGCACAGCCCCUUGUUCCAUUCCCAUCUGGAAAACCUGCAGAGACUACAAGGCGAGUCUGUGCUGCAGCAGGUAACCCUAAGUUAUGGGGACCCUGAGAACAAGCACAAUGUUGUGAGUGUGGGAGGAGUGUUUGGCCUUCAGCAAGAUCCAACACGAUUUAAAUCUGUCCAUUGUCUGCUCUAUCCUGAUACUAUUUGGUGCCCUGCUAAGAAGAGUCGUAAUUCUUGACUGGCUGC